AUGAAGCUUCUAAGAUUCACCUCCAAAUUCCUUUCAAUUGCUUUGGUUACCUUAUUAUUCAUCAAGGUUUCACAAGAAGCAGCUAUUCCUCCUAGAUCAAGCAGUGGGGUGGACAAUGUGUCUGAAUCUGAGGGUAAAGCCAUUGAGGUGACUGGCGAGCCCAGUUUCAGUUCUUCAGAGACAAUAACUGGCUUCAAACCAAAGGUACAUGUCCUAUUUGCAGAAGUGAAUAUGGUCCUAGGGAAUUUAAAUACAAGGAGGACCCAACAAUUCAUCAUGUCAAUCCACAAGAAGAAAGCCCAUCAAUUGAAUCAGUGCCACCCAACCCUGGGUUUAUUGGCAUGUUACAAAGAAUAA